UUGUCGGGACGGUCCAGCUGUCCGUUUCGGGUUUAACGCCACAAACUUUCACCAAUACAGUUAACACUUUAAAGUCAAAAUGUUUAACGCUACGUUGCCGUCCGACAGCAGAAGUCUACGGGGCAACAGAGAGCCUGAGAGACGGGAGCGGAUCUUUAAUGACAGAGUGAGGACGAUCGGGGUUGACAAGGAAGCCCUGGACAUGCAGAUGAAAGAAAAGCACAAACAAAAAGAGGCCGCAAAAGAGGCACAAAAUACUUCUGAUGCUGAUAUGCUCCACAAUAGCAAAUUAGCUCGCCUUCUCCAUAGCAGACAAGUAAAGGAGAAGCAUGCGAUGGAAAGGGCCAUCGUCAACUACCGGCAUCAGUACCAGCAGCCUUGGAGCCAGCGGGAGUAUGACCUUAACGACCCAGACCGCUGUAGAAAAAUGGAGCCAGGUGAUGCACAGAUGAUGCCCCCGGGCCUGGUGGGCGAGGACCCGGGCAGUGAAAGCAGAAGGCAGAGACAGAGGGAGCAGCUCAGAGAGUGGCUCAACCAGCAGCAGAGUGAGCAAGCAGCAGAAAGGCGUCAACAAAAGCUGAAAGGGCAGCACUGUGACCAGAGCAGAGUAGAAAUGGACAACACGGCGCUGCAGCUUCAGCGCCUUGAGAUGGAGAGAAGAAAAGCAGUAGCUGUUGCCACUAAAGAGUACAAUCUGGCCAUGAAACAAGAGAAAGAGAAACAAGGGCAGCUGACAAGUGCAGAUGCUGAACCCACCCUGAGCACGGAGGCAGUGUCUGGUCUUGGCACUGAUAGACGACCCCCUCCGGAGAGCCCGCAGCAGGUCGUCCAGUUCCAGAAAUAUCAAAUAGAAGAGAAAAAGAGGAUGGAAUUAGAGAAAAGGCAUGAGGAGCAGCAACAUGAUCUUGUCCGCUUGGACUCGGCUCGCACAGCUCUGUUGAUAGAGAGACAGCAGGCGAGACUGAACAAGCAGCUGAGACGACACCUGGACAGCACCAACGUCGCACUGGCCCAGACACACAAACAACAGAGACCGGACAUUGAAAGAGGAUGCAUCGAUGACAGCUUCUUCUCCAAAUUCAACACCUGCAGCAGAUGAUGGUUGACACGCUGCACUGAGGACUGGCUCAUUACAGUGGAUAAGUACUGAUAGUGGUGCUACAUGAGAAGAACAUUAAAAAAACUG